GCGUUCAUUCUUGGCCAUGCUCACCGUGCUCUUUCUUUCCUUGCCCUUCACUGGUGGCGCCCUGCACGGGAAGGGCAAGCAGAGCUCGUGCCCGGGCCGCGUCUCCUCUCCCGCGUGUCCCUCUCCCAGCCGCCCUGCCCGCCGCAGGUGCGGCCUGCCGGACUGCCAGUUCGACGCGGUGGUGGCGGAGCAGCGCCUGGGCGCCGACGCCCACGGCGGGCUCGGCCUGUUGCGGCUCCUCGGUGAGCUGUGGGACGGCGUCCGCGCGGAGGGCGCGCCGCCUGCGCCGCCCCGGCCGCUGUUCUGCCUGCUGACGCCCAGCUGGGACCGCGAGGUCGCCGAGGAGGUGCGGGCCCGGCCCAAGGCGUGCAUGGCGCGGUACGACCGGCCGGGCGACAUCCUGCAGAAAGUGCAGCAGGGGCUACAGCCCGCCGCCGUCUUGCCGCCAGCGGGGCUGCUCGGCCUCUGAGCCAGCGAGCCUUUCUGCGGGACGCGGCCGCUGCCGAAGGCAGGGGCGCCCCCACGGCCCGAGAGGCCCCGCCGGCGCGGCCCCCCCCCCUCACCACCCACCAAACCACCCCAACCCAACCCGAAGGUAGUCACCCCCUCGGGCGCGGCGCCGCCCCCGCGGCGCGGCCGCGGCCCGUCCCGGCGCACUCCUGCGGC